GACACGUCAACCUCCACCCGUUUUCCCUUCUCUUUCAGUGCGUAACAGUUGUGCUUCCUCCUCGCUCACUCUACUCUUCCGUUUCAUUCUCUCUUUCCCGCCUAUUUAAAUCCUCUUUUCUCUGGUUCAUUGCUGAAAUGAUCUCUCAAUCACAAGCCUUCCUCGUCUCUCAAUCUCCAAAACCUCUCCCUUUCCCUUCACCCGCUCUCCAUUGCUCCCCGAACAACACCAGCAGCAGCAAUUUCAACACUCUCACCUUUCAAUCCCUAAAAAGUCCUCCAAUCUCUUCUAUCAAAACGAAAUUCUCCUCCAGAAUGAUCUCCAAUUCGAAGCUUUCCAAUCACACUGACGCAGUGCAUUCAGAGCUAGAAGACGCAGACCUUGAUGGCUUCGCCAAAGUCGCUAACCUGCUCGCCGAUGCUGCUGGAGAUGUUAUUCGCAAGUAUUUCAGGAAAAAAUUCGACGUUCUCGAUAAGGAGGAUUUGAGUCCGGUUACAAUAGCAGAUCAAGCAGCAGAGGAAGCUAUGGUCUCAAUAAUAUCAGAAAAUUUCCCCUCUCAUGCUAUUUACGGAGAGGAGAAUGGGUGGCAAUGCAGAGAGAAGUUCUCAGAUUAUGUCUGGGUUUUAGAUCCAAUAGAUGGCACAAAGAGCUUUAUCACUGGCAAGCCAUUGUUUGGUACUCUCAUUGCUCUACUGCACAGGGGUAAAACGAUCAUUGGCAUAGUUGAUCAGCCUAUUUUAAGAGAGAGAUGGAUUGGGAUAAGUGGAAGGAGAACAACAUUAAAUGGAGAAGACGUGUCCACACGCAGUUGUGCAAAAUUGUCACAAGCAUAUUUGUAUACAACAAGCCCACAUUUGUUCAGUGGAGAGGCUGAAGAGGCAUUUGGUCGAGUUAGAAGUAAGGUGAAAGUGCCAUUAUAUGGUUGUGAUUGCUAUGCGUAUGCCCUUUUGGCUUCAGGGCAUGUGGAUCUCGUAAUCGAGUCUGGUCUCAAGCCCUAUGAUUUUCUUUCGCUCAUUCCGGUGAUAGAAGGUGCUGGAGGUGUUAUAACUGAUUGGAAAGGACAUCAACUUAACUGGGAGGUCUCUGCAGAUUCCAGGGCAACUAGUUUUAAUGUAGCUGCAGCUGGAGAUAAACUUAUUCACCAACAAGCUUUAGAUGCAUUACAAUGGAAAUGAAGGUCAGCAUUGUUGCAUUGGCUUAAUGCUACAAGGUUUGUACGAUGUACCAGUUCCUUUUCCAGAUUUGAGAACCAAUAUGACUUGCAUGGAAGUAGGUGCUCUGAUACGUGACAGAGUGACAGUGAUGGAUUAACAUAAGAGGAACCAGAUUCACUUCUUUUAAUUAUAAUGAACAAGAAGCUGUAGCCAAAGUCUUUUAAUAAAUUAUAUUUCAAGCUUACAGGCUCCAGGUUUGAGAUC